UUUUUAUUUUCAUUGGUGGAUUGGCACAUCUGCAUUGCACAGCUAUGCUUGAUGACAUGUUCCUGGUGUUAAUAAUUCUUCGUCUGAUGAUUUUUGCAGAAGCGAAUAAACUCGAUCCAAGUUAUUGCAAUAGACGUUUUAAUAUCGAUUGCAAACUACGAAAACUGAAAUGGUUUCAUAACCCAAGGAUGGGGGUUUGCCUGCGCAAACUGACGUGUCACAGCGGAUUUGAAUAUCGAGCCGACUGCGCACGCACUUGCACUAACUCUGGAAAAAAGAAGCAAAACGAGUCAGCUAAAAUUCUUGAUUUGAUAAACAGAAUGUUGAUUAAAUACAGGGAAAGUGAAUUGAAAAAAAAGCAGAAAGUAACGAAGCCUUCAAAACCAGCCACUACGAAAAUACCGCCCUUGCCAACUACAUCAAUGGUUACAUCAGUAACCAUUCCAGAAACUACUUCUGCUGGUGGGGAUGAGCCAGAUCUGGAAACCACUACCCCAUAUCCGGAGGAUCUUACGGCAGACGAUACUUUCGAAAGAUAUUCGAACACUACAGCACUAACAAAGAGAACAACACAAGUGAGGACUACAACAGGCAGUACUACCACUACAAAGAAGAAAGUUGGUAAAAUUAUCUUGGGGACAGUGAAAGUUGGUUUAAUUUCUAAAAUAAUAGGAUGGGGUAAGGGAAAGGGAUAAACUAUUCAUAUAUUAAAAGUCAUCUUGCAUGUUCUCUUUAUGGAUUGCAAACGUA